AUGCAGUUCCUUGUACUUCAGCUACUUGUGUUCCUGCCUCUAGGGAAGGCUGACCAGUGCCUGGAGGGCUACCAAAGUCAGAGCUCUGUUUCCUUUAUGCCCCCAGAAAGGAAUCGCAGAGAUCUCCAUGUGGGCAACCACGAAGAGGCUGAGGAUAAGCCAGAUCUGUUUGUGGCAGUGCCACACCUCAUAGGCUCCAGCCUGGCCAGGGAAGGCCAGAGGCAGAGAGAGAAGAUGCUGUCCAGGCUUGGCAGGCUCUGGAAGAAGCCUGAGAGAGAAUUGCACCCAACAGAGGAUGUGGAGAGCGAGCACGUCCCACCGGGGACCCAGGCCAACAUUGAGUCGAGGGACGGGAGGAAAGUGGAGAAAUCCCCUCUUCGAGAAGAAGCCAAGAAGUCCUGGCACCACUUCAUGUUCCGAAAGGGCCCUGCUUCUCAGGGCAUCAUCUUGCCCAUCAAAAGCCACGAAAUACAUUGGGAGACGUGUAGGACGGUGCCCUUCAGCCAGACAAUCACCCACGAGAACUGUGAAAAAGUUGUUGUGCAGAACAAUCUCUGCUUUGGGAAAUGCGGCUCCAUUCACCUUCCUGGAGCUGGGGUACAUCUCCACACCUUUUGCUCCCACUGCUCCCCUACCAAGUUCACCACGAUGCACUUGAGGCUGAACUGCACCAGCCUGGCUCCUGUGGUCAAGAUGGUGAUGCAGGUGGAAGAAUGCCAGUGCAUGGCGAAGACAGAGCAUGGAGAGGGCCGCUUCCUACAGGCUGCCUCCCAGGAUUCCUUCAUCCCCGGAGUGGCAACUUGA